AUUAUUAAGAUAAUACAUGUGUUUCAUUGCAACAUGACAGAGAGGUGUGGAUUAUGAGAGCUCGAAUGUUUUUUUAAAACGGAAUGAAGUGUUAUAUUUGCAUUGUGUUUGUGUUAAGAUAACUGCAUCUGUGUUCAGUGGUUUAUCGGUGGGUAUCUGAACGAUUGCAAAAUGCUGAGGCAAACGUCAGCUGUGGUAAAGAAGCUUAGAUAUUUAAGGUUUUUUGGUCAGAGGACGUGGAGAUACAACAGCAGCUCCGCCACAGAAAGAGCACUCCAAUAUGAAGGGGGAGAGAAAAUCCACGGUUUCACAGUUAAACAGGUAACAGCCGUUCCUGACUUGUUUCUCACUGCUGUCAAACUGACCCAUGACGAUACUGGAGCUCAGUACCUUCAUGUAGCAAGAGAUGACUCCAACAAUCUUUUCAGUGUUCAGUUUAGGACAACACCAAUGGACAGCACUGGUGUGCCCCAUAUUCUAGAGCACACAGUACUAUGUGGCUCUGAGAAAUACCCCUGCAGGGAUCCCUUCUUCAAAAUGCUGAACCGAUCUUUGUCCACAUUCAUGAAUGCUUUCACAGCUAGUGAUUACACGAUGUAUCCAUUUUCCACACAAAAUAGCAAAGACUUUCAGAAUCUCCUUUCUGUGUAUCUGGAUGCUGUAUUUUUCCCUCAACUUCGAGAACUGGAUUUUUGGCAAGAAGGCUGGAGACUUGAAAAUGAAAAUCCCACAGAUCCAAAGUCUCAUUUAGUUUUUAAAGGAGUGGUUUUUAAUGAAAUGAAGGGUGCAUUUUCAGAUAAUGAGAGUCUGUAUGCUCAGCACCUCCAAAAUAAGCUCUUCCCUGACCACACUUACUCGGUGGUCUCCGGUGGGGAGCCACUGGCCAUCCUUGACCUUUCUUGGGAGCAGUUGAAACAGUUCCAUGCAACACACUAUCAUCCAAGCAAUGCAAGGUUUUUCACCUAUGGAGAUCUGCCUCUGGAGCAGCACUUAAAACAAAUUCAUGAGGAGGCACUCUCCAGAUUUCAGCGUACUGAGCCAAACACUGCUGUCCCUCCACAGCCUCGCUGGAACAAUUCGAGGGAGGACCAUGUGACAUGUGGCGUGGAUGCCCUAGCUCCUGAUCCUACCAAACAGAGCACUGUGUGUGUGAGCUUCCUCCUGGGAGACAUUACAGAUACCUUUGAAGCUUUUACAUUGAAUCUUCUGUCUUCCCUGAUGGUUUCUGGACCCAACUCGCCAUUCUACAAAGCCCUAAUUGAGCCGAAGUUUGGAACACAUUUCUCUCCUGUUGUGGGAUAUAAUGGAAGCACUAAGGAGGCCUCCUUCAGUGUAGGAUUGCAGGGAAUUGCUGAAAAAGACAUUGAAAAAGUUAGACAAAUAAUCAGCCAAACAUUCAAUGAGAUCAUAGACAAUGGAUUUGAGGAGGAAAGAAUAGAAGCCCUUCUUCAUAAAAUUGAAAUCCAGAUGAAGCAUCAGUCCACUAGUUUUGGACUGGCUCUGGCUUCAUUUAUUGCUACGUCUUGGAAUCAUGAUGGAGACCCAGUGGUAGUCUUAAAAAUCAGUGACCAAGUGUCCAGAUUUAGACAAUGCCUAAAGGAUAAUCCUCACUUUCUUCAGCAAAAAGUAAAACAAUACUUCAAGGACAAUACACACAACCUGACACUAUCCAUGAGUCCAGAUGAGUUGUACUUUGAAAAGCAGGCUAAAGCUGAGGAAGAAAAACUACAGCAAAAGGUGGAGAGACUGUCUGAGAGUGACAAGAAGGACAUAUAUGAAAAGGGUUUGCAGUUGUUAUCUCUUCAGAGUACUUCACAAGAUGCAUCUUGCCUUCCCAGUUUGAAAGUAUCUGACAUUCAGCCAACCAUCCCAGUGACUCCUGUAGAGAUGGGAAGUGCAGGUGAGGUUCCAGUGCAGUACUGUGCCCAGCCUACCAAUGGCAUGGUGUAUUUCAGGGCAAUGUGCAGCCUCAACACCCUUCCUGAGGAUCUCAAAAUUUAUGUCCCUCUCUUCUGCAAUGUCAUUACUAAAAUGGGUUGUGGUGCUCUGGACUAUAGACAACAGGCUCAGCAAAUUGAACUGAAGACUGGGGGAAUGUCUGUUACUCCACAAGUUAUCCCUGACUGCACUGACCUAGAUAUGUAUGAGCAGGGAAUUCUUCUCACUUCUUUGUGCUUGGAGAGAAACCUUCCUGAUAUGCUGAAUCUCUGGGGUGAUAUAUUCAACAGUGCCCACUUUGAUAAUGAAGAACAUUUACGGGUCCUGGUAAUGAUGGCAGCUCAGGAGCUCUCUAACGGAGUUUCUUAUUCUGGACACCUGUAUGCCAUGAUCAGAGCUGGUAGGACCCUAACAUCUGCUGGAGAACUGCAGGAAACAUUUGAUGGCAUGCACCAGGUAAAAUUUAUGAAGAGAAUUACAGAGAUGGCAGACCUCACCGCAGUACUGCGCAAGCUGCCAAGAAUUAAGAAACACCUUCUCUCCCCAGAGAAUAUGAGGUGUGCAGUGAAUGCCACUCCACAGAAGAUGUCGGAAGCAGCUACGGAGGUUGAGAAACUCAUGGGCACUAUUGAGAGAAAGAAGAAAGAUCGUAAAACAGUCCGACCCAAUGUCAUUGAGAAAGCUCUGGACCCCUUGGCUCCCUCUUCUGGAUCAGGUGCUAGCAGAAAGCUUAUUUCUGAUCCAACUUUCAAGCCCUGCCAGAUGAAAACCUAUUUUCAGCUUCCCUUCCCUGUGAACCACGUGAGCGAAUGUGUCCGAACUGUUCCUUAUACUCACCAGGACUAUGCCAGUCUCUGUAUACUUGCUCGGCUGAUGACGGCGAAGUUCCUUCAUGGAGAAAUCCGAGAGAAAGGAGGGUCUUAUGGAGGGGGUGCAAAGAUGGGUCACGGAGGUUUAUUUGCCUUCUAUUCAUACAGGGACCCAAACUCUGUGCAAACACUUGCUGCCUUCAGAAAUGGAGUAGAGUGGGCAAAGGCGGGAAAAUUCACCCAACAGGACAUUGAUGAAGCGACAUUGUCAGUCUUUUCUGCUGUCGAUGCUCCUAUAGCACCUUCAGACAAAGGUAUGAAUCGAUUCCUGUGUGGCAUCACUGAUGAGAUGAAGCAGAAGCACAGAGAACAGCUCUUUGCUGUUACACACAAAAGCCUGACUGAUGUGGCUAACAGGUAUCUUGGAAUUGGACAGAGAACACAUGGAAUAGCAAUCCUUGGACCUGAAAAUGAAACAAUCAACAAGGACCCAUCCUGGGUCGUUAGAUAAGUUUCCAUUACAACCAUCAAGAUCAUGAGUUUCUAUGUAAUAAAAAGUGUCAACUGACAGAAAAUGUUCAGAAAUAUUACAGCAAUAACAUUCCGUUACUUCACUGAAGUUUUUUAAUGGUGAAUUAUAUUUGUAUAUUGUAUUGUGAGGUCCCAAAAAGUCUAGGUUCAUCAUGAAAGACUGAUAAAAUACUUACACAGUAUUAUGUUUCACAAAUAGUUGCUGCAAACCAACCUAAAUUCACAUGCGCAACAGAAUAUUUAACAGGUAGGGAUAUAAAGAAUAUGUAUUCAAGGAGUUUCUUGUAACAGUUUUAGAAUAUUUUUUUCUGUAAAUUAUUAAAAUAAUUGAAAUGUUUACCCAAUAAACGCUUAACUUAAAAUCA